AUACUCUGACAGCGUUUGAUAACCACACCUCAUAUACAUACAGCUUUCAAGUGCCAGCGAAACGGCAAGUGAGAACGCUGACGCAAACUAUUACACCAACAGACGAUGGAGACUGGUCUCCAACGCCGCUGUUUUAGGACAAGUAGCACAAGGCCAAGCCGUUAUGCCACUUGCCGAGUGAGCGCCACACUGAUGGCGAAGCCCCCCGGCGUGGCGCUGUCGGGGCGCACAGCGGCGCCUGCGACCACCUCCAACGAGGAGCGCUUGGCCAGCGGCGCGCAAGCUGGACCCAGCCCCCAUUCUGCGCAUUUGCAGCAAAUGCCCCGGAGGUCUCAGCCGGUCACUGUUGCCAUGCUGAACGACGUGCGCACUAUGUUCCACUCGCUGCUGGACGAGUUUGCAUACUUCGUUGACCCCGGCUGGGUGACCGGAACCAUUCCACCGGAGCUGAACGGCACGUACUACCGGAACGGCCCGGGUUUGCAGGUGUCCAACCCGCGCUAUCGGCGCCACACGCUGGACGGCGACGGUAUGGUGUUCAGCCUGGCGUUCAAGGAGGGACAGGCCUUCUUCCGCAACCGCUUCGUGCGCACAGAGGGCUUCAAGGCGGAGCAGAAAGCGGGGCGGCCGCUCUUCCGCAACAGCUUCACGCGUGGCGCGGUGGACGGGAGCAUCAACUUCAACCCAUUCGACCUCAACUUCAAAAACGUGGCCAACACCGGCGUGUUGCCGUGGGGCGGGCAGCUGUACGCGCUGUGGGAGGCGGGCCUGCCCUACCUGAUGGACCCGGUCACGCUGGACACGGUGCGGGAGACGCGCAUGGGCGGCCAGAUCCGCAGCAACACGUUCGCCGCCCACUACCGCGUCGUGACGGAGCACCGCCAACAGGCACAGCGGCACAGCGGUAGCACCACCAGCAGCAGCAGCGCCGCAGGUGCUGCCGGGGACGGCGCUCAGGUGGCGGGCGGCAGCAGCGGCAGCACCAGCACCAGCAAGCGGCUGGUGACCUUCUCCAACGAGUUUGGGUUCACGGGCGCCAAGGCGUUGUUCUAUGAGUUUGACGAGGCGGGCAAGCUGAUCCACGAGACAGAGCACGCGCUGCAGGGAGUGGACGUGGCUCUCAUCCACGACAUGGUGGUCACGGAGCACUACUACGUGCUCAUCUGCGGCCCCAUCGCGCUGCAGCCCGCCAAGUUUGCUAUGCAGUACAUGCUGGGCCGCUGCUCCAUCGCGGAGUGCCUGGUAUUUGACAACAAGAAGCCCACUCGCAUCAUGAUGUUCCCGCGCCCAGGGCGCCCUAGUGGCAAGGUGCUGGCGCCGCGUGUCGUGGAGUCGCCGGACCCGUUCUUCGUGUUCCACAACGUCAACGGCUAUGAGGCGGAGGACGGCCAGGUGCUGGUGAUGGACGCGGUGGCGUGGGACGAGGUGUCAUUCGAAAUGGACCUGUACGAUAAGGAGGCCAAGAGCACCAAGUGCUUUGAGGGCGGCUCGCGCACACAGCUGACGCGCCUCACAGUGGACCUGCGGCCAGCGGGCGGGCGGGUGGAGCGGCGCCAGCUGCUGCAGCGCACCGUGGAGUUCCCCGCCACCGACCCACGCGUCACCUCGCGCCCGCACGGCGUGGCCUGGUACAUCGCCGACGCCGUGGACCACCCCUUCCUGUGGGGCCCAGCGCAAUCCAUCGUGCGCGUGCAUCUCGACCCCGAGCUGACGGUGCGCAGCCCGCAGCACGGCGCCGCGAGCAGCAAUGGCGGCGCAAAGGGCGUGCGCGUGCCACGCACGCCAGGGCUAGCGCCGCCGCGGGCGGCGCCGCGCGCUGCGGCCGGGCCCGCGGCGUGUGCCGCACCCGGCGUAGCGGUGGAUGAGUGGUUCCUGGGCGACAGGACGUUCCCUGGAGAGCCCAUGUUUGUGCCGCGGCCAGGGUCGAACGAGGAGGGUGACGGCUGGCUGCUCGUGGGCGUGCACAACGCGGACACGGAGAAGGGCGACGUGCACAUCUUUGACGCGCAGAGCCUCUCCAGCGGCCCCCUGGCCACCAUCCACCUGCCGCACCGGCUGCCCGUGAGCCUGCACGGCGCCUGGCACGGCGAGUACACGGGCCCGGACCCACACGACCCCGCGGUGCCGCGCUGGCAGCACCUGGGCCGCGUGCGGCCGAUGUGAGGUGGCCCCGGGGCUGGGGGACUCGUGGGCGAGGAGGUGUGCAGGUCAUACGAGGCGUGAGGUGUGUGGAGCUUGUUGCUGGUUGCAGUGUAGCCGGAUGGCGACGGGGAAGCAAUCAAGCGGGACACGGGUUACAUGCCCAACACUUUGAUUGUUGGGGAGUUUGGGGCGGCGGAUGUAGAUUAGCCAGACACUGGGCACCCAUGCAAGCGUGUGCGAGUGUGCUCCUAAAUGCCCAGAUACUGCGCAGAUACCUUUCACAGGUUGCUGUGCAGAGCUGGGAGCGCAGCAACGGAUUAAUGAGGGAAAGCGGAUGGACAAGAGAGACAUAUUCUAUGGCAACGGGCCGCCCUGUGCAAUUCAUCCUGCCGCUUGCCCAUUGAUGCUUACUUAUACCUUUUAUGUUUUGGGGGCUGGAUGUUGUGUGCACAUGUUGCCCGCGUGUGGUUGUAUGUUACUGUAGUAUUGUUGAAUGUGUAUUUCCAAGUCCUAAAUGGAAGCUUCAUCAUACUGCAAUCUGAAGAGGUCAAAGCAGCGAAGGGGGAGUGCUGAAGGGCACUGAGGCGCGGAUGCGGUGGAUGCAGGUCCGGACUGGUCCUGACUGAUCCAGGCUAUUUGGUAGCGGGCUAGCGGCUUUGGGAAUUUCCAUAUAGCACAAGAGACUACGCUAGCUAGCUAGGCAAGGCACAGGACAGGUUGCGAGGGGACAUAAGCAGCUGAUGGUAGGCCAAGCAGGGCACGCAGCUGGAUACUGGAUUAGGGGCCCGCAACGUUAGCAAGGAGCUGCUUCGGAUGCUGUAGCCCGUGCACACAAGGCCCGAGCGUCGCUGGGCCUUGCCGAUUGCUCCGGACGUCACGGGCGGCUGGAUGGUCGGAUUUGGGGACUGGUCGACAUACUGCUGCAGGGCCCACCCGCGCCUAGGGCUGUUACGUUGUUGUUGUGGUUGAUUAUAUGUGCAACCCAGACCGUGCAACCAGC